UUGUCGAAUAGUCUCAUGGUUUUACCAAAAAAUAUAUCUCGUCUACCAAUUAUGAUGGAGUAUUUUAUCGAUCAAGAAAAAUACUUUUAUUUAAUUUUGUUGCACAGCUACGCAGUUAUAUGCAUCGGAGUAGUUGCGCUAUUAGCAACAGGAACAAUGCUUCUUACGUAUCUUCAGUAUGUCUGUGGAAUGUUUAAAAUUGCUAGCUAUCGUAUCGAGCAUGCAAUAAACAUCAAUAUUCGACAAAAUAUUACGCAGAAAACUAAGAUUCUGAUGAGCGAAGGCAUAAUUUGUGCUGUUGAUAUUCACCGACGAGCUAUGAAACUGACCAAACAUUUGAUGUCUAUAAUCGAGGUAGUGAUGUUUUGUUUAAUAAUAUUUGGCGUAGCUUGCUUAGCCCUAAAUUUGUUUCAAGUAAGUUUUCUGUUUCGUAUUGUAAUAUAUGAAAAUGCAUACAAAUACUGCUCCGAAAUUAUAAGUAUUAACAUUAUUGUUCAGUAA